UCUUCGUUCUCUUUCUUCGUUUCUGUCAGGUCAACAAGAUGUCAGAAGCAGACCAGCCAAAGAAGAAGCGUACCUUCCGAAAGUUCACCUACCGUGGUGUAGACUUAGAYCAGCUUCUCAGUCUCACMCAUGAACAGCUUAUGGAGCUUGUAUGUUGCCGUCAGAGACGUAGAUUCUCUCGAGGYCUCAAGAGAAARCAGUUGGCUCUCAUGAAACGAUUGAGAAAAGCCAAGAAAGAGGCUGCCCCUAUGGAGAAACCAGACGUCGUCAAAACACAUCUUAGGAAUAUGAUUGUUGUUCCAGAAAUGAUCGGCAGUGUUGUCGGUGUUUACAACGGCAAGACCUUCAAUCAGGUUGAAAUCAAGCCUGAGAUGAUUGGCCAUUACCUUGGUGAAUUCUCCAUUACAUACAAGCCUGUYAAGCACGGAAGACCUGGUAUUGGUGCUACUCACUCUUCACGAUUCAUUCCUCUGAAGUAAACGAUUAUGAAUCUAAUAAAAUGUUACCAUCUGUA